GAAUAAAGUUAAUUACACUUCAGAAAACAAGUGACCAGUCGUUUCCUAGAAUACUAUCAUCAAAAAAGUAUUUGAGAUGUUGUACUUAGUGAUGGUUAAAAAAUGUUGAGUUGAGCUGUAUUCAUCAGUUGCGUCAACCCAUAUGUUAAAUACUCACAAGUCAUGUUACUACUUGUUGCGCAGAUUGUUUUUUUCUAUAAUGCAGCUUGUGCUUUGGAAAAAAGUCAAGGCGCUCUUGGACCUCGCAUUUUUACAUUUGUACAUGGUGAUGUGGAUGCCAAACUUAAUUUCUCUGCAGCGGAACAUUACUGUCAAUCUAUUGGACGGCUUUCUGAUACGAAUAACAUGGAUGACUCAAAGGAUAAACAAAACCGUCAGCACCUGUUUUCUAAUCCGUCACAAAGUCAUAAGGAUGGCAUGGUCCUACGAACUUCCCUUGCAUCCGUGCACUCAUAUCCAGAAAAUCUAGCUUUGGUAAAGUGGGUAGCCAAACAAGAAAAGCAUUCAUUUUGGAUAGGAGGCAAAAUUACUAAAACAAUGAAUGAGUUUACAAGACCCAUUUAUGUUUUGCAUUGGGUUGACGGCAGUAAAGAAAUGACUUCCAUGCGAGUUGGUGAACACAGAUGCACGUCUGUUGAUUAUAGUUCUGGACAAUGGGGGAUUCAUUUAUGUUCCGAAAAGAAAUAUUUUGUUUGCCUUACAGUCCCAGUUUUCAAUACAGAAAAUCAAGAAUCUCCAAAGCAGAAGGAAAAAUCAUCACGCUCUUUGGAAAAGAAAUCUGAAACACAUGAUGCUCUAAUUGAUGAUGAAAUGGGAAGUACGUUAUUAUAAUUAGUGUGCUAUUUUGAAGAUUCUAUAAGUAGGUAGAACCAAACGUUUCCAUGAUAUGUGUUAAUCCUUGAAUUUUUGUUUCUUUGUUGUUUGUAUAUAAAAUCAGUACUAAACAAAUAUACUGUUCAAAAUAAGUUUUUUUCCUAAGUUUAUUCAUUAGUUCACAGGUGCCUCUCAUAAAUGAAAGGAAACUGAUGUACUUGAUAGUUUUAUAGUCUUUAAGAUAGCUAAAUAUGCACUUGAUUGUUUUUUAUAUGUAUUAAAUAUAUUAACUAAUUAUUAGCUAACCGGAUAUUUUACGUUCAUAACUAUGUACAACAUCCCUAUUUUUAUGUUAUUAUGGUAUCCCAACUUUUAAGAAACAGCCGAUGUUAUCAACUACCUAUAAAACUUAUUUCAACUUUGCAUAAAUGCUAAAUCAUGAGUUUUAGUUUGAUGUAAGUAGACGAAAUGAAGUUUUAUUCUUUGGUCCUGUGUUUAUAAUUCAGUGAAGUCUUUUAUACCAUCUAUUUAUAGUCCUUAAGUGUAAUUGGAGGAUGUAAGACGAUUCGAAAUUUAGUCCUAUAAAUUUUUCUUUACUUUUAUGGUCAAAUCAUGAUAAAUUUACAUUUGAAAUGAAAC